CUGUGCAAUGUUAAAUUUAAUGAUGUUAAAAUACAUUUUGGAUUAAAAAUAAACUGUUUUGAAACUGUUCAUCGCAGAGAUUUAAUUCCGUUUAGAUCGAAAGAAAAGGGAUUAAUUGUAACAAAGCCUGAUUUUCAUAUUUUUUAAAAAUUGUAUUUGGAAAACCUUUAAAAUUUUCAAAUUUGAUCAGACAGUAAUGGGCAACAUAUUGCGUGCCUCAUUGUACUAGUUAUAGUGCAAUGAGACACCAUAGUUUGGUUUAUAGUUCCAUAAAAAAAAAAGGGGGGGAAACAUUUUAUCGGCGAGAAAAUAACUUUUUAUCGUUUACUAAAGAUAAAUUAUUAUUGAAACGGUGGAUUCAUUAUAUUCAACAAGGUCCAGCAAAGGAAUUUCAUGUAGGCCUAUUUAGUCCAGCGGCGCCCGCAGUCUGUACGAAAACCCCUUUCGUACAGACAAGCUUAAAAAAAAGCGGGAUGUCACAAGCUUAAAAAAAAAGACGUCAUACAUAAUGCAAGAAGCUUCAAACUAUGAUUAAAUAUUAUAAAUUAAAUUACAUAUUAUAUUUUCAUCUAUUUUUGAAAUUUAGAGACCCAAUGCUAAGAAAUUCCUUAAGUCCAUUCGUAUUUCUACGUUAGAAUAAUUUAAUAUUACUAAUACAGUCGUCCAAAUAAACGAUACGGUUAAAAUGCCAGUCUACUACUGCUGUGGGGCACCCAGAAUCAAAUCCAACAAGCAAUCCCAGGAAGUUUUCAUGAGCAAUCAGUUUCUGGUUACGGGUGUCCGGGAUCAAAAAGGAUGGACCACCGGAAACGUCUCCAUUGUGCGCUUUGUCUAACCCAUGAUGAUAUAGAAUAAAGGCCCUUUUAGCAAGGUAAAAAUCAUCAAUACUCAAACCACUAAAUUAACACCUAAAUAGGGAGCCAGUUUUCCCAUAGAAAGAUCUCCCAAGAGGCUCUUUAAAUUUAAGAAAUGUUUGUGUUCAUAUUCACUAUUGUGAUAAGUCCUAUCAUAAAUAACUGGUUUAAUUUAAUAGAAACAUUUAAAUAAUCUUUCAUUAUAUACAGUGUAGAAUAUAAAAAAUACAAAUUAAAUAAAUAAUAUUGAAACGUAUGAUAAAGUUCAAUGAUAAACGCCAUAACGAUACACAUUGCUGCAGUUGAAUGCUCUGAAAAGACAUGAUAAACUGGACUGAAAAUUCUCUCCAUUCAAAUUCAUCAAAUAAUUUUAGAAAUUCUACAAAUGAACGUCUUAAAAUAGCACAAGACGUUCUAGUAAUUACUUUCAUGGCAUUGCUUAUGAUUGCAAUGGGUGCGAAUAUCUGCUGGAAACAGGUAAAUAAAUUAAAUUAUUGCUUAAUUGUACGCAGUAAAUAGUUUUAACGAGUAAAUUUAUAGAUUUGGAUGCACGUUCGAAAGCCAUUUGGACCAAUAAUAGGUCUACUAUGUCAAUUUGUGAUGGUACCAUUGGUCGGUUUCAUAUAUAAUAAGAUAUUCAAAUUUGAACCUGAAAAAUCAGCGGCAAUACUUAUUAUGUCGUGUUGCCCUGGAGGUGCUAUGUCUAAUGGUUUUGUUUAUUAUGUAAACGGUGACGUUUCUUUAAGUGUUGCUAUUGUUGCAAUAUCUACCAUUUUACUAUUUGUCAUGAUGCCCCUUAAUCUUUGGAUAUACGCAAUCAGAACAGAAUCUAAUGCGUUAAUUAUACCAUACAAGAGUAUAGUUAUAUCAUUGAUAAUCAUUACCUUGCCUGUACUGAUAGGUAUGGUAAUUAGAUGGAAAGCUCCAGCGAUAUUUGUCUAUGUCACUAAGGGAGGAACUGCUCUAGGUUUUGUAUUACUCGUCAUCGCUUGGGUAUUAUGUUUCACUUUGUAUUCGGAUUCUCUACGUUACAUAUCCUGGAAACUUAUUUUAACUUUUAUAUUUAUGCCUGCAACUGUAACAAUAUUAGGAUAUUUUAUAGCAUUUAUUUGUAGGAGAGAAAGUGCCAUUUGUAAAACCUUAGCAAUGAUAAGCGGAAUACAAAAUGCGGCAGUAGCACUAAGUAUCAUUGUUUUAUCUUUUGAUGCCAAAAUACAUGCAAUGGUCAUUUUAAUUCCGUGGUUAUACGCAAUAUCUCAAUGUGUUAUGUUGGGUUUCAUCUGUUUCUCUUAUUAUAUUUUUACUAAAUAUUGUAAACUGAAACAGUCUACAGAAGAAAUUGGCAUGAGUGAAAGAAAAGGAGGAAAUACCACUUUAUGAAAUCAAUGCUAAACUAUAUGUAAAAUUUUCCUUCCCUCUCAAAUUCUGCGAAUUUUACGAAAGGCUAACGCAACUGUUUCGUUCAGCUGUUUGUUAAUAAAAUCAAUGUACAUCUCUUAAUAAAACCUUACAGUGCAUUGUCACGAGACAAUUUAUGGACGUUCGUGAGCCCAUAAACUUAUAUGAUCCGUUCUUCCACACUGUAGGAGCUUGUUUUGUCCACCUGAAGUAAACGAUUGAAUAUAAAUGUACAACUUAAAAUAAAUGACAAAACUUUCGGAUCACCCUGUAAACAAAGAAAUUUUUCAAAUUUAAUAUACCUUUAUAGAUUAAAUUAUGUAAAAAAGAAGAAAUGAAAUAAUUUUU